AUGACCAUUGUGAUGAGAGGGAGUCCAGCUGGGGGAGACUCCCCCCAAGAUAACACACAACAGCAGCAACAGCCACAGGGGGGAGGCCAACCACCGCAGGCAGGACCAGCAGGAACUGCCGCCCAGCCACCACAGCAACCACCUCUACCCCCUGGCUCAGCCCAGCCACCAGCCCUACCCCAGGGGUCUACCCAACAAUCUCAGCAAACUAGCCCAGGACAAUCUUCCACCAGCACCGAUGUGGAUGGUAGUCAGGAUGACACAACCAUGGUUGGUGUUGACCUAGUUGAAGGUCAGGUGCCAGACUUUCCUGUUCAGGAGUUGUCGAGAUUAGAUGAAAUGAUAAAUCGUCCUAGAUGGGUUGUUCCAGUUCUACCAAAAGGAGAACUGGAAGUACUUCUGGAUGCUGCAAUUAAACUCUGUAAAGAAAAAUUGGACACCAGGAGUGAACAUUGCCAGAGAUUUUUCAGGGAAGGUCUCAACACAUCGUUCACGAAAAUAAUGACUGAUGAGGCAGUCAGUGGGUGGAAAUAUGAAAUUCAUAGGUGUAUUCUGAAGAAUGCAGAAAAGAUGAUAGAAUUAGCAGUAGCGAAGCUAGCAGAUGAUUGGUUCCCUCUCUUGGAAUUAUUGGCUAUGGUUUUAAAUCCUGUUUGCAAGUUCCAUACCUACAAUGGCACUAGGCCAUCAGAAAGUGUUCCUGCUAACACAACUGUAGCAGAUGAUGUGUUAUUUGCUCGACCACCUGAUCCACGCACACCCAGAGGUUGGUUGGUAGACCUUGUAAACAAAUUUGGAACAAUGGAAGGAUUUUCUAUGUUACUGGAGCGCUUUACUGGAGGGCCGCAGUUGUCAGUACCAGUUAUUGCUGCCCUUAUAAAGCCAUUUGGACAGUGUGCUGAAGUGCUAACCCCACACUGUGUGGAGAAAUUUUUUAUGCCUAUAGUUGCAAUUGUGCCAAAGUUCCUGGAUUCAUUGACUGAUGAGGAAUUGAAGAAAGAGUCAAAGACGGAAGCAAAGAAUGAUGCUCUGUCAUCUAUAAUCAAAGCUCUGAAACAACUUGUAUAUAGACUACCUAACCAGGAGGAAAAAAUCAAAGCUCUAGAGACUUUCAGACUCAAAAUGAUACUGCGAUUGUUGAAGAUCUCUUCUUUCAAUGGUAAGAUGAAUGCAUUAAAUGAGGUGAAUAAGGUGAUAGCCAACGUGUCAUUCCAGUCAAGUAGGCAUUCACAGGUGGAUGAGGAUGAAUGGCUAACAGCUGAAAAAAUGGCGGAGUGGAUACAGAACAACCAUGUGUUAACAAUUGUUCUUGGAGAUAGUCUACAUCAGCCUCAGUAUGUGGAGAAACUGGAGAAGAUCCUGCGCUUUAUGAUCAAGGAGAAGGCUCUUACAGGCAGUGACCUUGACACACUCUGGGAAGCUCAGUCCGGCAAACACGAUGCUAUUGUCAAAAAUGUACAUGACUUGCUAGCAAAGUUGGCAUGGGAUUUUUCACCUGAACAGCUAGAUCACCUGUUUGAAGCUUUCCAGGGGAGUUGGACUCAAGCUUCAAAGAAACAAAGAGAAAAACUUCUGGAGCUGAUUCGCAGGCUUGCCGAGGAUGACAAAGAGGGAGUGAUGGCACACAAAGUACUGGGGCUGUUGUGGAACCUGGCACAUAGUGAAGAUGUACCCACUGAGAUAAUGGACCAGGCUCUCAACGCUCACAUCAAAAUCCUGGAUUACAGCUGUUCUCAGGACAGAGAUACACAGAAGAUGACAUGGAUCACCAAGUUUGUGGAGGAGCUAAAGAAUGACAAAUGGGUACUUCCAUCCCUGAAACAGAUAAGAGAAAUAUGUCAGCUUUUCCCAGAGACUAAUGGUUCUCCCACUCAGGCUCCACAGAAUUUCCCCCAUCCACCACAGCGAACUCCACAUGUAUACUACAGAAACAUGGUGAUCAGUCAGCUGCAAAGUAACCACUCCAUUGUAAUGUUACUGGCACAGAAUCUCUCCUCCUACAUGACAAAGGCAAGGGCCUAUGCAAAAGAGUUUCCAGAAUCUGACUCUGCUAACAUUUUACCAGACGGACGAUUUAACCAUAUACUACAGAUACAGGAAAGGUUGAGGUUUCUAAGGUUCCUUUUGAAGGAUGGUCAGCUGUGGCUGUGCGAGUCCCAGGCCAGACAGAUCUGGCAAUGUCUGGCAGAGAACGCUAUCUAUACCACAGAUAGAGAGUCAUGCUUCAAGUGGUUUGCAAAGUUGAUGGGGGAAGAACCGGACUUAGACCCGGAAAUCACUCGUGAUUUCUUCGAACAAAAUAUUCUUCAACUGGAUCCCAGUCUCCUCACAGAAAAUGGAAUGAACUGUUUUGAGAGAUUCUUUAAGAAUGUGAAUGUAAAGGAGAGUAAACUAAUUGCCAAACGAAGAGGAGGUCACAUGAUGGAUGAUAUGGAGCUGAUUGGUCUAGACUACAUGUGGAGAGUUGUGCUGUUAAGUCCAGAUGAUGUGUCAAACAAAGCAAUUACAUUACUUAAAGACAUUUUCACUAACUUGGGUCCACGUUUGUUACAAAACCAAGUAGAAAUUCAUGAGGACUUCAUCCAGUCAUGUAUUGAUAGACUCAAAGCUAUAUAUGAUACUGUGAGUGUGUUAGAGAAGGAUAAAGACAGUACAAAUCGUGUAAUGCAGGAGACAACACGGAUGGUGCGAGUUCUUACUGUGUUAAAAGAGUAUGUUGCAGAAUGUGAUGAGGCUUACAAUGAGGAGAGGACCAUCCUUCCACUUAGUCGUGCUUGCCGAGGGAGAUUGGUGUCUUUGAUAUUACGAUUUCCAAGCCAAGGUCGCCAGCCAGAUGACCUUGAUAUCUGGUCACACACUAAUGACACUGUAGGCGCAAUACGAAGACAAGUGUUAACCAGGGUCAAGGCCGCUAGCAACAUCAAAGUAGAUUUAUAUGCAAAUGGAGAGAUCCUGGAUCCUGCAGAGGACAAACGCCUCAUCUCCCAAGUUCCUCUCCGAGACAAAACUCUUAUUUCUGCCAAGCUUGUCCAAGUUGGAAAUAACAUGCCAUCUAGUCCAGAUAGUAGUUCUGAUAGUUCUGCAGGCUCUCCUCACCACACGUUUGAUGGCCCCAACAUAGAGGCUGAGAACUGUCUCCCAGGCGUGUUGAUAUCCAACAAUUUCAAGUACACCCAGUUCCUGUUCCAGUUAUCUGACCUUGGUUGUCAGUUACAGGUUCCUAAACUCCGAGACACUGCCAGAAUACUUCUCAAAAUAAUGCCUGCCGAUACUCACACUGUGGAUAAACUGCGAAGUAUAUGUGCAGAAAACACUAGAUCUGAAACCUCCCUAUCACAACAGUUAGAGCUUUUGUUUUUCAAUUCCUCCACGACACAGACUUUGUACAAUGUUGAGGUGUGUUACAGCCUCCUGAUGCCUGCUGGGGAACCACUGUCAGAGGAUGCUUUUGACUUUCAGUUUAAUUUUGUGAAGAGUGGAGGAGUGCAGUUAUCCUUGAAUAUGUUAACAAAAAAUAAUUUCAUGCCAGCUGCAGAUUUACACUCAAAAAGAAAUGUGUAUGUGACUGUGAUGAAGAUUUGUAAGUUAAUGUUGACAACUGUAAGUCACGCCAAGUUCCAAGUGGUAGUAGAUGCAUGUAAUGCCGACCCUCAGUCCCCAAACAUCACUGCAGCAGAGCACAAUCAUGCAGUGAUUCUACAGCAGGCACUCCAGUAUAUUCCUAACCCCACCUCGGAGUUCACCACCAAGAAUGUUGCCAUGCGUCUGGGACAACAACUACUGGACCAGGCGACCAAGACAAUACCUGAUUUAGCUACCAUUAAGGCUAUACAGAAGAUAGCAUGGGCCUCUAGUAGCAGUUCACUUCAUCUUGUCCAUGCCACCAACGAAGAAAUCCACAAAGCCCAUGAGAAGCCAAAGGACCACACAGACUUUGACGACCUGACAGUGGCACGUGAGGCCCUUGAAGUGUUGACAGUGUGUCUUGCACUGUGUCCACCUGCAUUAGAUGCCCUCAACAAAGACAAAGCAUGGCAGAUCUUCAUCAAAGAUCUCCUUCUCCUGUGCAGCCACAGUCAUGUGCGUGUAGCUGCUGCAGAACAGUUUUACUUGAUGGCCACUCGCUGCUGUGGAGGAACUCGUCCAAUGGUCUUCUUUAUCACACUUCUCUUCUGUGAACUAAAUGAAUCUGUUAAAGAGAAUGCAAAGCAGGCCCAUGAAUACUUCAGUCUCCUUUGCAAGCUGUUGAAUUAUGCAUGUGCCAGUGAUGUGAGACUCCCUAAUGCAGAGAAGCUACUAAGUAAUGAGAUUGACUGGUUAAUUAAGACAAGGGAUGAUGUGCUGAACACUGGAGAGGUGGCUGUGGAGGAAGCAUUGUUAGGGGGACAUCUUGGGAUCACACGGGAACUCUUAGCAUUCCAGUCGUCAGAGAAAAAAUAUAACAUUGGCUCAGAGAAAGGGGGAGCUAAUCUCAUCAAGGAGAUAGUGGAGGAUUUCCUAUUCCCAGCAUCUAAGAUAGUGCUGCAGAGUAGAAAACUCAAUGGGGAGUUUCCGUCGGAUCAGGCUGUACCAGUCUGUUCCACGUCUUCAACUGUGAUAGCUGCGUUUGAACUUUUAGUGGCACUUUGUACAAAUUGUCUCCCCAACCUUCGCUGUCUAGCAGGCAUGUUAACAGAAAUGUUUUACAAUGGUGAGCAACCCCUGAAUGAGUGGGAAUACCUACCUCCUGUUGGUCCAAGGCCAAUCAAAGGCUUUGUAGGGCUAAAGAAUGCUGGUGCUACCUGUUACAUGAACUCAGUCUUACAGCAGCUGUUCAUGAUAGAGCAGAUCAGGACAGGGAUUUUAGCAGUGGAAGGGGUAGCGGACGACAUCGAAGAGGAGUAUGUGGGUGACGAGAAGAGUGAAAGUGAGACAAAUGUGGAUAUGGGAGAUGAAGAGCGAAAGGAUGAAGAAAAGUCUGUUAGUAAUAAAGAGGAGGCAAGAAAAGAGUACCACCAGGGUGUUCUUAGACAGAUCCAGCUAAUCUUUGGACAUCUCGCCACCAGCAAGCUUCAGUAUUAUGUCCCCAGGGGCUUCUGGAAACACUUCAGGUUAUGGGGAGAGCCAGUGAACUUGAGAGAACAGCAUGAUGCCUUAGAGUUUUUCAACAGCUUAGUAGAUAGUUUAGAUGAAUCUCUCAAGGCACUCGGACAACCCACCAUUCUCUCUAAAGUUAUGGGAGGUUCAUUCGCUGACCAGAAAAUAUGUAAAGACUGUCCCCAUAGGUACCAGAGGGAGGAACCGUUUACUACAUUAAAUGUAGAUAUAAGGAAUCACCAAAACCUGCUGGAGUCACUGGAACAGUACGUCAAGGGGGACUUACUAGAGGGGGCCAACGCAUACAAAUGUGAAAAGUGUAAUAAAAAGGUUGAUACUGUAAAAAGACUUGUGAUAAAGAAACUGCCAAAAGUCUUAGCCAUUCAGCUGAAGCGGUUUGACUAUGACUGGGAAAGGGAAAGUGCAAUAAAAUUCAAUGAUUACUUUGAAUUUCCACGGGAGAUAGACAUGGAACCUUACACAGUUCAGGGGCUAGCAAAGAUUGAAGGUGAAAUAAUAGAUGAUGACUUUGAUACAAAGCCGCAAAGUACAAAAUACAAGUUGUUUGGUGUUGUAGUCCAUAGUGGACAGGCUAGUGGUGGUCAUUACUACUCCUACAUAUUACACAGGGGUGAAGACAACCAGGCCAAGUGGUACAAGUUUGACGACGGUGAUGUGUCUGAAUGCAAGAUGGAGGACGAUGAGGAGAUAAAGAACCAGUGCUUUGGUGGAGAGUACUUGGGAGAAGUGUUCGAUCACAUGCUAAAGAGGAUGGCAUAUAGACGACAGAAACGAUGGUGGAAUGCCUACAUCCUAUUCUAUGAACGUCAGGACGAGACAGAAGAUGAAAAGCACAUCUACAAGUCACUGCAAGACCUCACUAUAGUGAACAAACCAUCCCAAGUAAAGAUGCCAUGUACAAUUGAAAAGUGUGUUAGAAAACAGAACAUCAUGUUUAUGCAUGAGAAGAGUCAAUUUUGUCCUGAGUAUUUCCAGUUCAUGAAGAAGUUAUUGACCUGUAACCCAAUGUAUCACUGUGCAGACAAAGUGAAUGCUGAUGCUGAAAAUGUAGCUAUGAUCAGUACAGAGCUGGCAGCAAAGUUCUUAUUCCAUGUAGGGUUCCAUACCAAGAAAACCCUGAGGGGUCCAGCUAACGAGUGGUAUGAAGCAUUAAGUUGUCACCUACGACCAAGCAAAAAAGUACGCACCUGGUUUGCACAAAAUGUUCUCUUCGCCCAUCCUAACAGAUUUGCAGAGUACCUGCUAGAGUGUCCAACAUCAGAAGUUAGAACAGCAUUCUGUAAAACGGUUGUGUGUUUGUCUCACUUUGCCCUUCGGGACGGACCAUGCCCACCCCCACUGGUGCAGGGACUGUACGCUGGACACCCAGCAGAUCCUAAUGCAACCUUGAGUGACCACUUGUUACUAGCUGUGCUACAUUUACUGAAGAAGGAAGUGUCUGAACACGGACGACACCUACAACAGUAUUUCCACCUGUUUUUGAUGUACGCCAACCUUGGUCAGGAUGAGAAAAUGCAGCUGUUGAAAUUGAAUGUGCCAUCAAUGUUCAUGCUGGUGGCGUUGGAUGAGGGUCCAGGGCCUCCUAUCAAGUACCAGUAUGCCGAGCUGAGUCGACUCUACUCUGUUGUGUCAAUCCUAAUCCGAUGCUGUGAUGUCUCCACUCGUUGUCUUUCAUCAAAUGGUGAACCAGCCAAACCCAAUCCCCACGGUGAUAAUUCUGUACAGAACUCUCUGAUGUCUAUACAGUCACAGGUGUCAGACAUUUUGUAUGGUCGCACCAGCUAUGUCAAAAAGUUGAUUGAAGACUGCAACAAUACAGAGGAUACCACCAAACUUCUGAGGUUCUGUUGCUGGGAAAAUCCACAUUUUUCAUCAACAGUGCUUAGUGAACUCCUAUGGCAGGUUGCAUAUUCCUACACAUAUGAGCUGCGGCCAUACCUGGAUCUUCUCCUCCAGAUGUUACUUCUGGAAGAUUCUUGGCAAAACCAUCGUAUACACAAUGCCCUUAAAGGUAUACCAGAUGACCGUGACGGCCUGUUUGACACUAUACAGAGGUCAAAGAAUCACUACCAGAAACGAGCCUACCAAUGCAUCAAGAUGAUGGUUUCACUGUUUACAUUAUGCCGUCCUGCUGCGGAGAUGUUACAAACCAAUGGGGAUCUCAAACGCAAGUGGACCUGGGCAGUGGAAUGGUUGAAUGAUGAACUAGAAAGGAGGCCAUAUCCAGGGAAUACGCAAUAUACCUAUAACAAUUGGUCACCACCUGCUCAGUCCAAUGAAACAUCCAAUGGAUAUUUCUUAGAAAGGUCACACAGUGCCAGAGAAACAUUAUCAAAGGCCUUUGAACUUUGUCCAGAGGAGGAACCUGAGGAUGGUUACUUGACAGAUGAACAGGAAGCCCCUGCAUCAGAAGAUGCCGUACCACCCACCUAUCCUCCAGGACAGACCUCCUCAGCUCCCGCAACCACUAGUCCCCCAACAAGUGCAUCACAGUCACAGCCCCCAUCUCAACCAGCCUCUCAGCCUGCCUCUCAGCCCCCAACUCAAACACCAGCCUCUCAGCCUCCCUCUCAGACACAGGUACAAAAUAAUCAGGUGAAUGUGAGCCACGUGUCGCCACAACCAAUCCACCCUAGUAACCAGAUCAACAACCAGCUCAACCAACAGACCUCACCAACAGCACCUUCCCCUGCCCCCACCACCAGCCCAGGGGGUCAGUCUGACAAUCCAGACACUGGGGAGGAAGAGUUGGACAAUGGUAAUAAAAAACCAACACCUGAGUGAACAACAAUGUGACCGUAAUUAUAGAAAACAACACAAUGCACAAGUACAGAUAGGAGAAGUGCUACAGGUUUGAGUCUGUGAGAAUUCCCUUUGUUAGAAAGUGUUGAACAAUGUCUUCAAUCUCCCAGUCCAGGGGAUCAUUGAUACACUAAAAUGUGCACAAGUCUGUUUAGUUUGUUUCAUUCCUAUAAGGAAAUUGUUAUUGUGAAAAAAUGUUAACUAUACUCAUCAACUUGGUAUGUUCAUCAAACUGGACAAAAUAUUUUGUUGAAGAUACAAAAUGGUAAGAUAUUAGCAGAAGUGUCCGCAUAUUUUUCUAUUCUUAGUGCAUAGAAUCCAGGCUACAUCCAACCAGAGCAAAGUUUAAUCUGUUAUUGCUUUGAAAAUAAGACAAUUCAUCAUGGCACCAGGAGCCAUGUGUUUGUUUAAGUCUUGUUGGUGACCAUUGAAUGCCGGAUUUGAAAGACCAGACCUUAUGUGCACAUUAUGUGCACUUCACUGUAUGCCUGCAUUUUUUCUAACCAAGCAGCAUAGCUAUAUGUGUGUCUGCAGGUCUCGGCGAACAGUUCCUACAUGCACAUCUUCAAGUCUUCGAGGGAAGGAAUAAAGUUACCUGUGAUUCACAUUAGAGAAUGAAUGGUUAUUUUGAAAUGACACCAUUUUAUAUUGGUGUUUGUUAUGGCUGUGUGUGAUGCAUGUGAUCAAAGGAUGAAAUCAGGGUUGUAGAGGUCUCCUGGUCAUGUGACCCAAACUGAUGUGACCGUUGUAAAGACGUAAUAUAUAUUUAGGAGGGGGAGUUAUACAGAAAAUUUUAGAAAAUUGGUUUUGAGAUAAUUAAUCUUCAUCUUGCCAUUUAACAUUUGGUAAAUUGCAAAUUCUCAUGAGGUUGUCCUUAAUUCAGAAAUUGAAAUCUGUACAUUAAAUGUUAGUAUUAGCUAUGUAAACAGUUCAUAGGAAUAAACAACUGUCCUAAUAAGAACUAACUGCAGCUGUUUUUAAUGACUGACAACUUAAUGUAAGUCAAAACGCAUUGUUUAGGAUUCUGAUUCAUAAAAGUGACAACCAUUUUUUAACCAAUUUCAUUUAUGAAUAUAAGCUAGUCUGAGAAUAUGUGUUCUCUGUUAGAUAGGGACAAGAGAAAUUUGUAUAUUCUCUGUUAGAUAGGGACAAGAGAAAUUUGUAUAACAUUUACAUGAAUGCCAUGAUUGAAAGUUCUUGUUACCAAUCACUGUUGAUGGUUGUAAAAACCUUUAACAAGUUCAUGAUGGACCAGAGCAAAUGUGUAGAUGAUAAUAAGGAUUGUAAGCAGUCUUAAAUGUGGAUGAUAAACAGGUGUAACAGUACACUUAUUUAAAGACUGCAGGUUUAAAAUAAAAUGUGUUCGUAUUUAUUUUGCACAAUGUUUAUGUAAUUAGUUCCAAAUAUUAUGGGGUCUGUUCUAAGUUUCAUAAGCUUAAGACAUCAAUCAAAACAUUGUUCUGUUGCCUUGAUGAUGAUCAUUUUAAAUCCAGAUGUACAUAUUUUUUUGUUGAAUUUCUGUUUUUAUUUAACAACUGGAGAUGCAGUUUUGGUAAAAUUACAAGAUUUGGCGUUAUAGGUAAAUAUUGCUUGAGAAACUAUAUACUAUGGUAAGUUUACUUUAUAUAAUCAAGAGGGUAAUGUUCUAUAUUUAAAUUUUUGGUUAAAGACAACAUCACACAGAAGCAAUUAUCAGAAACAGAUCAAAAUCCUACAUUGGUGUUGUUAGUUGCAGAUAGACAUGGCAGUAGAAGGUAAUAUUUUUCUCAUUUACAGGUGACUAGAGGAAAUUUAAAUGCCUUAUUGUAGUUGAAUUAUAAUAAUACGACAGAGAUAAUAAACACGGUUGUAUAUCCAUAUUGGUACAAUAUGUACAAUAGUAUUCUAGAUUUAAUUCGACAGUAAAAGUUUGUUGAUGUGACACACUAGUUCUUGUAGACUCAUGCGACUGUAAAUCAUACUGGUAAGUACAAGUCAAACUAGCAUACCCAGUAAAGUGAGGCAAUCAGGGAAGAAGGUGUUUGUCUGCAAACAUUGAUUGGACUACCUGGUCAAUUUAAAAAAUCAACUUACAUUAUCAGUAUACCAUACAGUUCUGUAUUUACCUUUUUGAUUGCCAUAUAUAUCAGAAAUAAGGGCCCUGAUUGCUCUGAACACUUUAGCCAAGUCACUAUGUUAUGUGUUUACACAUGAACACUUAAGUACAGCCACAAUAAUCUCUGUUGACUAAGUUGAGGCAAUCCAUUGAUCAUUUAGGAUAAGCACCUGUUUUUUCUGGAUUAGCACCUGGUCACUUAGGAUUGGCACCUGUAUUUUCUGGAUUAGCACCUGGUCACUUAGGAUUAGCACCUGUUCUUUUUGGAUCAGCAUCUGGUCAUUUAGGAUAAGUACCUGGUCACUUAGGAUUGGUACCUGUGGAUGUUAUUAUCUUUGAGAUAACAAUUCACACAGUAUUUCCUCAGUCAGAGCAGAAUAGAUCAGUUUUAGCUUAUAUAACCAUACAACUUGUGCCUUCUGAAAAAAAAAAUGACCAAGACAUCUGGUUAUCUAGAGAACAGCAUGGAACUAAGGUCAACAUGUAAUUGAUGAUGAAGUUGUUAAAAAUUUAAAGUGUCAUUUGCAAUGCCCUGGUGUAUUAUGGUGCCUUCUUACCAUCCAUACAUAACAAGGCUGGUUUUGAUUUUGCUAGAUGAACAUUACUUCAUUUUUGCUGUUCAAUUUCACCUUAAAAAGGAGCUUGUCCAGAGUAAAAUGUAAUGUGGUAUGCUUAAGCUUGUGAUACUGUGAACAGGGAAGCCCAAUAUCAGCAAAAAUGCAGUUUAUUUUAUAGUAACACUAAAUUCCCAAGAUAAAUAAUGUCUACACACAAGAAGAAAAAUCAUCCAUAUAGAGUUGUCAGACUUUACACUUUUAAUAGGUUCUGAUGUUUUAAACUGAUGAAGUAUAAAUCUUGCAGUGCAUCACGUUCUUGACAGUGCAGAUUGAAUAUAUCACUUUUUCUCCUGAAUAUUGCUGGGGUUCCAUGUACUAUAGGUCAAGUUAUGUGUUAACCUUUAUAGCAAUGUGUUCUGGUAUGAUCAGCAUGAUACAUUUUUGUUGUUUUGUUUUUUUUGGUACAGGAACAAGUAAAUGAUAGCUUGAUUGGUAUUUUAUGCAGUGGUUACUCUUGGAUUUUUUGGUAAAAUAUUUUCCUACAAAAAAUGGCGAUAAACUGAUCUGUUGAUAGAUUGAAAUGUUUUUAUAAGAAAAUUUGCACCGUAAUUAAAAAAGAGCUGUUUUAUUAAACUUUCAAAGAUUGAUGUUCUUUUCUAUCUUGUUAAAUAAUAUUAUUAUAAAUGAUUAUACAGUACUGCAAAUGUCUCUUGAAAAGGAUUCAUUGCAAAAAUGACAUGUAUCAACUUGUGAUGUAAUUUUGAUUGAGAUAUAUUUAUGCUACACACGUGUGUAAUAAAUGUGUGAUGUUCACAUAUAAGACGAUGUAGAUGUGUACAGAAUACACUUAAGUAUUUUUACUGUUCACGGCACUGUGUAUCUAUGUAUCAUGUUGAUGUCGUGCGAGUACAUACUUUGUGUUACAUUGGUGUGCAUGUACAUAUUGUUGUUGAGAUGUUGAGUAACUAUUAAUGCUAUAUAUGUGAGUGUGCAUGUGUGAGUGUAUAAUUACUGUAUCCUGUCGAUGUCGACCAGCUGAUAGUGCUAACACAUUGUAAGGUGUGGUCACACGAGAGACAUGUGCUUUCAUCAUUGUUAAUGUACAUAUAGAGUAACCUUAAGUUGCCUUGCAUAGUAUGCACAGUGGCACAACGCGGUUCAGACUUGUGAUAUCCUGUUAUAUAAUACACAGCAACUGUAUAAUAGGUAGUUUUAUUUUAAAUACACAUGUAUAUAUUUAAACCUGUUCUAAAUCUUAACUUCAUCCACAAUGUACUCUUCUUAGUAUACAGAUACUAAAAAUACACUAUGAAUUAUUAUGUAAUUGAUCGGGAGAUACAUUGUAAGGAUACCACUUUGAAAAACUUUUUUUGUAGAGACUGGAAUUGGAAACAUGAUCUUUGAAAUAUCAAGGCACUAUUUAUGAUUUCAUAAAUUAUGUAUUAUUCCUACUUGUGUAUUUGAAUUUGUAAACUUUCACUGUCUACAAUCUCAAAUGGUCUUAUCUAUUUUGGAAUAUUUUAGUGGAUUGUUCAGUUAUUAUACCAGUCACAUGAAGGAAAAGGAUUCCAAGGAAUAUAUAAUUGAAAAAUAUUAAAAAUACAUGGUAGAUUAAUCACAAGCUUUGAAUCAAAUGCAGAAAUUCCAGAAAGUUCAAUCCAAAAACAUUAAUAUGGAAUACUUUGGUACUUUUCACAAUUUUCUUAAUAGGGUUAUACAUUUGGUAUGAAAUUUUCAAUUUUCCAAUUUAAGGUCCAGUAUCCCACUUCCUACUUCCCGGCCUUUCAUUGGUCCUUAAAUGCCUCGCACCCCCAUGUAACUUCCUGAUUUCUUAAAAAGGAUUCCCUAUGGAGCUUUUGCAGUAUCUCACUUUGAAAGGACUUUUUACACUAGCUGAUUCAACUGAUUCAGAUCUGAAAUGGAGUGAAUAAGUUUUAUUCAGCAGAAACCUGUUCAGUUUCACAACAUAGAAUAGAUUUUUUUUUUUUGCAAAUUAUGUUUACUUUGGAAUUCAGACAUAUCAUUUUUUAUUUAUUUUUUUUUUUUUGUUUAAACGGGCACAAAAUUUACCCUUAUGUUAGCAAAUCUAUGAUGUUGCAAGGAAAAAGUUCAAACAAGAUUUAAAGGUAAUUUUUUGUGUAAAUAUGAUUGCUAUGUAGCUUGAUUGGCAAGAACAUAGAGCCUGUGUACUGAGUGGAUCUGGCAAGGCUUAUCUGUAAAUAUAGAAUCAGUUUGGAAGAGGACCAAAUUCUUUAAAGCUCUUUCUGUACGUGUGUUGUUGGUGCUUUUCUUAUAAUUGAUAGUGGAAAAAAGACCUUUGUAUUAAAACUACUGAUUCAUCAGUAAAUCUGCCAGUAACAUCAGUCUUUUCAUCAGAAGUUGUAAACUUAACCAAAUUAUUUGUCUAUGUUGCUUAAAACAUGUUGGCAAGAAAAUAUAUCCCAGCAAUGAUAACUUGGUAUUGAUAAGAAACUAAAAUACUUUCAGAGAAAAGGUAUCUCAAAGAAAAGGGGAUGACCAUGUUGAAACAGGAUACUUAGAAAAAUAGCAUUGUUGAUCUUGGAGAAAGUGCAUUUUAGAGCAGAAAUAUGACAAAUAUGUUGAAGUGUUGCCUAGAAAUUUUGCCAAGUAAAGUUAAUUAUUGAUUGUCUUGAUAAUUUGCUUUCCCAGAAAUAACUGGUAGAACAAAUUGGAUUUGUGUCUUGAUAACGUGUUGAUUUUAGAAGUUAUAUUUAAGAAGCAUGGCAAUCUAUUUAUAGGGAACAGUCUACUAAUAUCACAUGGUAAUUGUUACAGUUUAAUGUAAAGGUAUUAAAAUGUCGUCACCAAGAUCUUAAUCAAAUUGUGAAUCUUAUAGAGGAUUUCACAAUGACACUCAUGCUCCUUUAGAAAUGUGGGGUUAAGAUUUUUUUCUGUGAACCAAAUACAAUUCUGAUUGAGAUAUUCUCAUGUUAACAUUGUUUUCUUCUGCCACAAUUACUUGUACAUGGUUUUUGUCCAUGCAACAUUACACAGACUCAUUGGAAGUAUCGUCAUAAUUUUAUGUCCUGGCGUUGAAUGUACAUUUGUGGUUUGUCCACAGCCAUAGUUUUAUUCUCGAUAGUUAAAAAUGAUAAUGUAUUUUGUUAUUUUUGUUUUUUAAGAGAAGUUGAAACAGAUAAUAAGUUGAUGUGUGAUAACGUUCCUUUUUCCGUAGGAAAUAUUUUAAUGACUAAAAGUAGCUUAAGUUAUUUUCAUGCUUUAUCAUAUGAAAUUGAGUCAUUACUGCUGUUUCAACUUGGAAAUAAUUCAUUAAAGUGAGUUGUCACAAAAAUGUCCGACUUCAGUUAUUUUUAUGCCCUUGCAAGAAAAUUGCUAACUUUUUAAAAGAAGCUGAUAUUGAAGUGAAGUUCGGUAUGUAGUUGUGUAGUGAGAAGAUGCGGAUCAAGCUUUUAUUUGGUUCCAGUCGAUCAAAGUUUCAGAAAAAUGGCCCGAAGAAAGCAGCAGUUUCCACUCAUUUUCUUACGGUCCAGUGGAGAUAUUGAACUGAAGUUUGACAUGUGUAUGUGUUGAGAAGUUUUUAGAUCAGGAUGAGCCAUUGUGUUUUGCCAUUGUUUUGUGCUGUGCAAAAACUUUCCAUUCAAAUAACUUCUGCUCAAUAACCAAAAGACCCAAGGUGCUGAUAUUGGGCCUAUAACAUGAAGGGAUGAAGGGCUACCAGGUUUGUCAAAAUAUGUGACUUUGACUUACUUUCAGAGGAACCGUAUAUUUUUUAAAAAAUAUUUAAACAACUUCUCAAUAACCAG